CAAGAAAGCAAAAAAAAAAAAAUUAGACAUUGAAUCGGGCUCGACCCGGCCCGGUUAGGCCCGGAUCUGGUAUCAACCCGGGUCGGUUCCAGGCCCAAGUAUUUGCAAAAAAAGCCCGCCCGGGCUUGGCCCGGAACUGGAACCUGAUCGGACUGGGUCCAUCAUUAUGAGGGCAUGACUUUGGAGAGAACUAAGUGGAGGGCGUGAUCUCGUGUAAUCUUUUUCCCUCAUCUUUUUUUUCCUUGUUUAUAUCAUUAUAUAUAUAAUCAUUAUUUGUAGCAUUUUUAUUUUAUCAUUUUUAUGUAUAUUCAUCUCUUUUUAUAUUAUCUUUUUAUAAUAGCUUAUCUUUUUUAUCUUUAUUUUCUUUCUUUUCCUUUUGGUUGUGAUAUCAUGUAUCGAUCCAUGUUAGCUAGGGGUGGAUUCGGUUCGGGCCACCUGGCCCGUGACCCGGCCUGACCCGGUACUGUGCGGGCCCGGGAUCGGCUUGGGCGGUCCGGGACCGGGUGUAGACCCGAACCGGUGGGAAUGGGCGGGGCGGGCACGGUUCCGGAAAAAUGUGACCCGGCCCCGGGUUCGGGUCCAACAGUCCUAUUUUUUUUUUUUAAAAUUUGUUAAAUACUUGCUAGCCGUUAUGGCCUUGGGGGGUGGGCUGGGGACAACCCAAACGGCUAUAUAGCCGUUGGGUGGGGUGCAAGGGGGGUCCGGGGGGGUUGGGUGGUGGGGGGGUGGGGGGUAAAAAUAAUUAUAUUAUAAACUCGGCUGAGAUCGACACCUGUGAAAAAAUUUGCAAUGCUUUGAUAUAUUUUAAUCAUGCAACUGAAACUUUUAGUCAUGUUUAUAAACCUACCUCAAACCAAUUUAUUCGUGAAGCUGUUAAUCUCGCCGGUGCUUUUUCAAAUUUCGUGAAUGCUGAUUAUGUGAGUUAUUUUGCUAGUUUUAUGAAGGAAAAGUUUUUAAAAUAUUAUUCACAUAUUCCGCAUAUUUAUGGUAUUGCAUUUGUUCUCGAUCCUCGUUUUAGACUUGGUUCUUUAGAAGAAUGUUUGAAUUAUUAUUAUGCUGCUUUUUUUGGUCCAUUGCCAAUGUAUGAGGACAACCCAAUUGAUCCGAAAAAAGAAUACAACGAGGUUAGUGAUAUAUUUUAUGCAUUAUUCAAUGAGUUUCAUGCACAAUAUGGCAAUGCGCCCCCUCCCCCGACACAAACAUCAUCUAAAGGAAAAUCAAUUUUCAAAUCUACGUUUGCCAAUCUUAUUAAAAAAACAAAAUCAACUCUAGGGGUGGACCGGUUCCGGUUCGGGCCCGGCCGGGCCUCGGUUCAAGAAGGGGAGGCCCGGAACCGGCUCGGGUAACCCCCGGGUCCGGGCCGGGCCUCGGUUCUAUUUUUUUUUGGCUUUUCCUAGUUAACCCCCAACCCUCCCCCACACCCCCAAACCAACCCUAACCACCUCAAAUGACCCAAAAUACCCAGCCCAACCCAAAAACUUAAAAAAAAUUGGCCCGGUCCGGGCCCGAACCGGCCGGGCCGGUUCACCAUUUGAAGGGCCCGAGCCCGAACCGCCAUCCCACCGGGCCCGGAACCGGUUCACCCUUCCGGUCCGGGCCCGCACAGUAGCGGGCCGGUCCGGUUCCGGGCCGGUUGGCCCGACACGAGUCCACCCCUAAUCAACUCCCGCUACACAACAAAGCACAAUUAAUGAGAUUUCUUUGUAUUUAACUUAUGAUGUUGAUUUUGAAGAAGAUUAUGAUUUUGACGUACUAAACUGGUGGAAGAGAAGAAAGAAUGUUCCCGGUUUUAGCAAAGAUGGCUAAGCAAGUGCUAUCAAUGCCGGUUUCAACGGUUGCCGUGGAGCAAGAAUUUAGUUCGGCCGGCAAUGUCCUAACACAAACCAGAACGAGGUUGAGCGCUGAAUCUCUUGAGAUGCUUAUAUGCUACCACGAUUGGUUGAAAGCAACCCGUAGAGCUCAAGAAAUUGACAUCACCCCAUCCCAACACUUUAUGGAUGAAUCUACAACCGAGGGUGGCUCUACCUAUGCCGGAGAUUCCGAUUGAAUGAUUGAUUAGUAUUUCAUGUUUUAAAAACAAUUGUAGUUCCUAUUUAAUUUUCAAAUGUAGUUCCUAUUUCAUUUCAAAUAAAU